GCUGUGCAGGAUGCGGAAGGUGGCUUUGAUCACCGGGGCGAGCAGUGGCAUUGGGCUAGCCCUUUGCAAUCGGCUGCUGGCAGAAGAUGAGGAGCUUCGCCUGUGUUUGGCAUGUAGGAACCUGAGCAAAGCAGGAGCUGUUCGAGAUGCCCUGCUGGCCUCUCACCCCUCUGCUGAAGUCAUCAUUGUGCAGAUGGAUAUCAGCAGCCUGCGGUCGGUGGUCCAGGGUGCAAAGGAAGUCAAGCAAAAGUUUCAAAGAUUAGAUUACUUAUAUCUGAAUGCUGGGAUCAUGCCUAAUCCACAGCUAAAUAUCAAAGCGUUUUUCUUUGGCAUCUUUUCAAGAAAUGUGAUUCAUAUGUUCUCCACAGCGGAAGGACUGUUGACCCAGAAUGACAAGGUCACUGCUGAUGGGUUCCAGGAGGUGUUUGAAACCAAUCUCUUUGGCCACUUUAUCCUGAUCCGGGAAUUGGAACCUCUCCUCUGCCACAGUGACAACCCCUCUCAGCUCAUCUGGACCUCCUCUCGAAAUGCAAGGAAAUCUAAUUUCAGUCUUGAGGACAUCCAGCAUGCCAAAGGCCAGGAGCCCUACAGCUCUUCCAAAUAUGCCACUGACCUUCUGAAUGUGGCUUUGAACAGGAAUUUCAAUCAGAAGGGUCUGUAUUCCAGUGUGAUGUGCCCAGGGGUAGUAUUGACCAAUUUGACAUAUGGAAUUCUGCCUCCCUUUGUGUGGACCUUACUCCUGCCAGUGAUGUGGCUGCUUCGCUUCUUUGCAAACGCUUUCACCUUGACGCCGUAUAAUGGAGCAGAAGCGCUGGUGUGGCUUUUCCGCCAGAAACCCGAGUCUCUCAAUCCUCUGACCAAAUACCUGAGCUCCACCACAGGCUUUGGGACGAAUUAUGUCAAGGACCAAAAGAUGGACAUAGAUGAAGACACCGCUGAGAAAUUUUAUCAAACCUUACUGGACCUGGAAAAGCGUGUCAGGGUCACCAUUGGAAAGUCAGAUCUCCCGAGCUGACGGUGACAGUCUCCAUAGCAUCCAGUACCUGCUGGACAUUCCAGAAUACGUGGCUGUCCAUCAUGCUGGAUGAUGCACAUCUGUAGUAAACCAUAAACCAGGAUAAUCUCUGCUCCUACCUUUCAGAACUAUCUCCAAGACUCUGUGUGUGUGCACAUGUGUAGACAUGUACACAUGUGUGAGAAAGGAUUGGCAACAUAGAGGUACCAAGUAAAUACCCUCCAGUAGUGUCCUUUCAGAUUGCUAUAGGCUUCCUGCAGAGUAUCUGCAUACAGCAUUCUGCCACCUGGAGCCCAGUAGAUGAGACUUGAAUGACCGGGUCACAGGUACAGCCUGAACCUCCUUUUAGUUCCAGCAAGGAGGGGCAAUGCUACUGAGUAGUAGUGCUAGCUUUUUUUCUCUAUGAUCAUUUUCCUACUCUCUGUG